UCCAAGAUCGCCAACUAACAUUGAUGGUCACAGAGAGGAUGAAGGAGAACCCAGUAACUUCCCUACUACAACAGUGGCUGCAGCAGUACCAUUGGCGGCGAUCAUCAUUAUGUUGGUGGCAGCUCUGGUUGCUGUGGUGUUAUUUGAAAGGAGAAAGAGAAUGAAAAGGAAUCCAGUCUACAUGACUGUUGAAGCUGGUUCCGGUCGGGGUACAAUACACGCUGCUUCUCCGCCUCGUCCUGAAGAUGCCCCAGAGCAGAGACUAAACGGACAAACAGCACCUGGUUCGAAUCCCAGCAGCGGCCACAGUUCGCAUGGAAUGGCGUCAGCAUCAGUUCACCAUCCGACUGAAGAUGGUGUUGAGGGCCAGUCUCACCAAGGAGAAGAUAUAAGAUCUGGACCUACUGAUGUGAUUCCAAGACAAGGCACUGUUCGUGAAGGCAUGUAUGAUAGUUCCGGGGCCCCUUCCCCAGACCCAGGAGUUGGAGGGGAUGGGGUGUACGGAAAGCUGACCCGGGAUCCUAGAGAAGAGGGUGUGUAUGACCAUGCACAUGGCGGUACGGCUGGGAAGGUCCAACAGGUGACUGGUAUCUACGGUCGACUUGGCCAGCAGGUUGAUGACGAUGUGUAUGACCACGCCAGGAGACCGGAAGUAACCGCGUCUGUGACGGAUGGUAGCACAUAUGGCCGUUUGAAGGAUGUGGCUUAGGAUGACCUGUACAACCACACCAAAUCUAAAGUGGAAGCAUGCGACAACGAGGACUAUUCAAGGCUUAAACAAGAUGUGUAAGUGUUCGGAAAAUGCUGAACUUGUUUCCAGAUAGCUAUGUAUUUCUCCCAGCACCAGUUAAAGAUACAGCCACUUAAUACAAUGGCUUCUCCUUUAAAUGAGGCACAUUUAGAGGCCGGAGAAUAAAUAUUAUAACCCAGACCCAGAAAUCGUUAGAACUACAUUGUAAAAUCAGUGAGUAACAAAAGAUCUCAAAAUAGUCAAAACAUUAUCCUGAAACACAAAGUUAGGUUUUCCGUCACAAAGAGAUAUAUAUCAAAUGAUCUACAACGAUAAAACUCAAGAAUCCCUUUGAUACACUACUGCUUAAAAGUUCAUUCCCCUUACACACGUGUGCAACGCGUGACGCAACCCGUGUGGGAGCCCUGUGUCGUGCGUUUGACACGCGUUGCACACGGGUGUGAGUCGCGCUGGUCACUCGUGUGCAACCGUGACACAAGCAUUUCGGAGGAAACAAACUUUGGAUCAAAGGAGGACCCAUGUUAAACUAAAAUUGGAGGUCGUCACAGAGAGAUCAAUUUUAAAUUAUCUGAUGAAGUCUUUUCAGGUGCGAUCUUGCAGGAAAAUAAGAGUGAUGUGAUCAGUCAGACCCAUCUAAUAUAUGACCUUUGGUUUCCACAUGUUUGGACAUGGUGUUCUGUCAUUGAAAGGUUUCAGGCACGACAUCCAGUGAGUUUAUUUAUGAGAUUCGACGGUGUUUUGUUUUUAUUAGAUGAUCUUAAUUUUAUGAUGGCUUCGGUCAUUCUGUGUUAGCUCCGUGGCCGUGACGAUAUAUGAGGGAGGGUGUUAAUAAUAGCCGCACCACGGGUAGAGACCAUUACACGUGAGCGCGGAGUCGUGUGUAAGAUAGCCGUGGCAUAAUGGCCGCCAGGAGAGAAACAACUGAGCAUUGACUUGACUUUACAAGUAGUGGUGUUUUCGCUGGACUGUUGAAUAAACUUUCCGCGCAACUGCCAAUAUAUCGUCUAAUCAAUCGAUGCGACAUUGUCAUGGCAUCUACAAUAUGGAUAUUUUCAACUUACAUUAAUAUUUUUAAGCUAAGAACUGUGUCUUUUGGAGUGUUUGUCAUUUGUGUUAAGCUUAUAACCAAAACCCGU